AUGGCAUUCACUCUAUAUGAAGAGGCCGUUUCUGAGUCGCGUGCUCAACAAUCCGCUAUUAGCCUUAUAACGGGAACUCUUUGUAAUAUGAAGUGUUUCGAUGUCGAUAGUGCCACCACUCUUCGUAUGCAGUGUAUGCGUGCCGCUGGCCAUCUACUGCGUAGGCCUGAUCAAAGUCGAGCAGUGUUGCUUACCUCGCUACUGUUUUGGCAACCUGCUUGCCCCACACAGCUCAAAGACUCGACUCGUGAUGCAAAGGGUGCCCUCAUUUGUCUGGAAAAAGCCACCAAAUUGGCGGAAGAAUGCAUGGACGCCAUGGUUCGUACUCAACUCCUCUCCGGCAUUCUCGAGUAUUCGGCUGCCCUACUCCUCUCCGGUUGUCCGACGGUUGGUCAUUUCUCUUCCUCAUAA